AUGCCGCUAGACCCAAUGCACUUCCGCUCCCCGAACUUUUCUGAGACCUCGAGAUGGCAGCGGUUGCAUCGUGAUACCGCGGAGGGCAUUGGGAGAAAUGAACGCCGGACAGCAAACAACGAGGCGAUUGGCCUCGAGAGCUGGUAUACAUCGCAAUUGGGAUUGCAGGCAUUCCGAGUGCUGACGAACCAAGGUCAAUCAAUAUGUCGCUCAUGUAGAGACACCAUUACCCGCACAUACGCAUCUGCCGCCGCCGCUGCUGUCCAGACCGAGGACCAAGUCGCCCAGCAUAUCCCUCCCGUUGCUCAGGUCUCACCCUCUACCUCUUACGCUGUCAAUGCCGGUGUCGUCCUGUCCCGCCCCCCGCAAAUAACACGCGACCUCCACCCAUUCGAAGCCUCCUUCUUUCUAUACCAAAGACGUCUGAACGAACGACUUGCGCUGCCCUUCACACGAUACUUCUACGUCAAGAAGCGAACACCUGCAGAUUUAGAAUGGAAACGAAAGAUGAAGCAACGGUUGACCCCCGCCCGCGAUAUCGGACGAUACCAAGGAUAUGGAGACGAAGCAUGGAAUGACGAGGUUCUUGUAGGAGCACAAGAGAGCGAUUUUGAACACCAAGUCGGGAAGCUUAUCGAAGACGCUGAGCAGUCUGGUCUGGAGGACGCACCGGACACAACUGGCGCAAAGAAGAUGGAGCGCGAGCCAGUAGAGAAGCCGAUGCCGAGGAUAACAGAAGCGGAUCAGAAAAACGACACCAAGAGCUUGAACCGCGCGCUGCAGAGAACACUGUAUCUGCUUGUCAAGAACAAGGAGGGGCAAUGGCAAUUUCCACAGGAUCGCUUGAAGGAGGAGAACCUGCACGGUGCGGCAAACCGCAUCAUCACACAUACUGGUGGCAUCAACAUGAACACCUGGCUUGUCGGCCACGUGCCAAUCGGCCACCACCAAGUGGACUACCGCGAACCCCGAUCCGCAGGGAAUCUCAACGAGUACGGCGCAAAGACCUUCUUCUUGAAGGCGCGCAUUAUGGCCGGUCAGGUCAACCUCAAAGAGAACAAGCUCGGUCUCCAGGACUUCAAGUGGCUGGCCAAGGACGAAUUGCAGAAGGAGGUGGACGGCAGCUACUGGCGACAGAUCAAGAACAUGUUGGCGGAGCGAUGA